AUGGCAGAAGUUAAGUCAAUGUCGAGAAACGAGCACACGGACGGAGGUUUGGCGGAUGAGCACCCAAAUGAACACAGUCAACCUGCACCUGUUCAGUAUUUUGUGUCAGUUCCCGCGAAAGAAUGGUCGUACCUCGGAUAUCUCGAGACCAUGAAGCCCCAAUUCCAAAAUCACAGAUUGAAGACGUUAAAAUCAUUAUGGAUGAAAAAAUUCAAACAAGAGCUAAGGGAAAUUGAAAAAAACGACACAGACGAAGGACGACAAAUAGCUGCUUCAUUCCUUCUCAAACAGUCUGUAAGUUGCACCACGCUGGAGCAGGUGUCGCCCCUGUUAACUCCGGGAGUUAGGUUUCGUCCUCGGUGCAAUUACGGAGCGCUUGUAUAUACGGGUUGCAAUCACGCUGGAGCAGGUGUCGCCCCUAAGAACGGCCGAGAAGCUACCGAGUUCUGGAAUCUCUUUGAAAAGAAGAGGGAGCUGGAAAAACAACAGGUAUAUAAUAUCAUGGGUACUGCAGCUGUACAUCAAGAGGCUCAGUUAAUUGGACGCCUAUCGAACGGGCAAGAUGACAAGUGCGGCGAGGAUAAAGAUAAUGGCAAAAAUAUAGCAAACAUGAAACGACAAGGAGACGUCCAUCUCGAUCAAACAAAAUCAAAAUCCCGAAAAAUUGAUGCUCAUGAGCCAGCUGAUGGCCAGGUAGAUAAACAUCAGGAUGACGACGAAGCGAUUAGAGACAUUUUGGGCAACGCCUUUGAAUGCUCGGAGGCGAUGAAAACAGUUUGUUCAAUCUACGCGAAACAAAAUCCGGUUGGGGAUUUAAUCGACCUCCGUCUGUGUUCGCCCUUUCUCGGAAAGCUUCCAAGAUCAACAGCAGAAUCGUAUUUUUCUGAGAUGGACACUAUAACAGAAUCACUAAUUUCUACCGAUGUGCAUGAUUUUCUCGUUCGUUUCUUCUCACAAGCUACAACAGGCGAAGGGUGGCAAAAGAAGAUUGACGAUCUGCGAUGUCAAGACUCAGAUGAUUUUUUGAUGGUUGCCAUAGUGCGAAUUGUCCGAAGUACCCUGCCGCAAUUUAUAAAAGCGUUCUCUCUUGGCGCUCAAAAUCCUCUCCUAAACAUAGCCGCGAUCGAAACAACUCAUCUAAAUGCCUUUGUCCACCCGUGUCUUGAUGCUGCUUUGUGGCACAUAGCGGGGUUACAUUACAAGUAUGGAGAAGUCCCAUCCAAAUAUCACAUCGACAAAAACCUCGCUGACGGCAUUGGAUGCAUGACCAAUGCGGAUGAAUUCCAGCUGGUCUACGUUGAAGGAUCAAGGCCGGCGGCAAAGGAAGAAAAGGAGAUUGCCGAUGUCACAAAAAUUGCGCGUAACUUAAAGAAUAUUUUCGCAAGGACUGUCAAAGAAAUAAUCAAGAAUCGGAGGCGUCUGCCGAAAAAUUUAACUGUAUUUGGUGGUCAAAAAGCUGAUAAUGCCUCCACGGCCAAUGUCAAUUCAGGGAAUUAUUGCCUGAACGAAGUAGACAACGCAAAUCUUCCUCGAGAUUUCACAGAGAUGCAAGACUUCGUUUAUUUUUAUGAAUGUGUGGUGAAAUGGGCGCUGCUGGCUCGAAACGUCGUAAAGUCCUUUAACGAGGCAAGGAUAGAGAAGAGGCCUUCGCGCCUUUCGUACGCAGGCGGUCUACUCAAUAUGAUUGAUCCCUGA